AUAACACUUGAGACGCGUUAUAAAUCGUUUCGUUGUAAAUCAAUUCAGCAAAUUUCGCUCAAUUUCAUUCCACAAUUUGAUAUUAUUUAAUUCGAAUUAAAAAUGGCAGAUGAAGAGCAGAUGCAAAUCAUUCCGGUGAAAGAGCCACUCGAUUUGAUUCGAUUAAGUUUAGAUGAGAAAAUUUAUGUCAAAAUGCGCAAUGAACGAGAGCUUCGCGGUCGUUUACAUGCAUUCGAUCAACAUUUGAAUAUGGUAUUGGGUGAUGCUGAAGAAACAGUUACUACGGUUGAAAUUGACGAAGAAACAUACGAAGAAGUCUACAAAACAACAAAACGUACGAUUCCGAUGCUAUUUGUCCGUGGCGAUGGUGUGAUUUUGGUCUCUCCACCAAUGCGUGUUAGCUAAAAUCAUCAUCAAAUCUAUUUCUUAAAUCAUAACAAAAACAAACAUUUUCGGAGCGCUCUUUUAUUUUAUUUGAAACAGAAUGUUAUUUACAUUA